AUGUUGCGGCGAAUCUUGACGAGACGCAGCGUCUGUUUUGCAAGGCCGGUGCGAAAGAACUACUUCUUCCACGGCAACCUGUUUAAUGCCAACAGCGAGGACAACCAUGCGACGGCAGGGCCUAACAUUGUCGACGUGAUCAACGAGAUAAAUGACGACCAGAACUUUAAAUUCGACCUUCACACGCCCGACAAGGUCGACGGCGUGGCGUCGCAGCUGGACAACCUGAUCCCGAUCUUGGACGAGCAUGAGCCCACCGACGCAGCAAGCGAGAUCGACGCGGACCAGAUCCGGAUGGAGUCGUUUUUGGACACAUAUAAAGUGUGGAAACAGCUGCGGGACAGCGGGUUCAGCGAGGCGGAGAGCGAGGUGGUCCUGGGGCUGAUCAAGGCUGUACUGAAGCAGAAGCUGACGUGGCUCAACAACAAAUUUGUGCCGCAGGUGGACCUCGAGAACGAGGCGUAUUUAUUCGAGGCUGCGCACAGCGAGUUGCUGGUGGAAACACGCAACUACCGCGAGAUCUCACUCACAGAGCUUACCAGUUCGUCGAUCGGGCUGAAACGAAUAUUCAACCUGCUGCAGGACGAGACUACGUCGCGACUACAACUCAACGACAACUCCAUCAAGAUGAUUCUUAACCAGUUCAAGCACGAAAAUAAUCUACAACUCAAGCGACUCAACAUCAAAAACCAGGACCUCAACAACAAAAUCAUCUCAGAGCUUAUUUCGGGGCUGCGGUCUGAGGUCGAGACGCUGCGAUGGGCGCUCACGCGGUCGGGCAUUCUUGCCAUUCUGAUUAUGGCCGUCGCCAUCAUGACCAGCUGGAACGCCACGAAAAACCUCAAACUGGGCGAGGAGCAGGAGGCCGCGCAGGACGCGCCAAUGCUGAGGCAAAUCUCAGAGCCUGCAGACGAGGAGAGCCACGACUACGAGGCCGAUUGGGACGAGCGCGUGCGUGUGCAGUGAUGAUCACAGCUUGUGCCUUCGUUUGCCGGCCACGAUCUCGUCGAACGCCGUCUGCGGUUUGUUGGCCGUCCAGUCGGCUACGCCAGACAUGGUUUCCUGGAGCGCCUGUGCGCGCACUUGUGUGUCGAACGUGUGGCGCAUGAGCCGUUUGUUGACAAAAAUGCUCUCGCGGUCGAGACCGACCAGCUCUUUAUUCAGCAUCUUUGUGAGCUGCUCAUUGAAUUCGUCGCAGUCAUCCAGAUCGAACACUCUGUUGACAAGUCCGAGCGCAUGCAAUUUGGCUGCCGAGAGUGGUUUUGCCAGCAGCACGUGUUCCAGAGCGGUGCUCAGCCCAAGCCGCUGCGGCAGCGACACGGCUGCUGCGCACUCCGUCGUGAGACCGAUGUUGGUGAACGGGAACGACAUAAACACCUUGUGGUUCUGAGCGUACACGAGGUCUGCCAGAGCGACGAGCGACGCCGUGAGCCCGAUUACCGGCCCGUUGAGCCCGACCACCAGCAAUUUGCGGUGCGACGUGAACAGAUGCACUAGACACAGGUUUUUCGCGCCGAUCUCGCUAAGGAUCUCGCUGCUGGUCUUGUUUUUUAGCUGGGCAACCGUCUUGAUGUUGGCACCCGCACUGAACAUCGGGCCCCUGCCCACGACAAGCGUGGCUGUUGUGUGCGGGUGCUUGUCCGCCAACUCGAGCAGCUCGGCAAGCUGCACAAACUGGGCGAUCGUGAGGGCGUUUCUGGUGUGUGGAUCGUCCAGAACGAUCACAAACACCUGGUUGACGAUUUUAUAGCUUGGAGACAUGUAGUUAUCAGCGAUAUAGGAGG